AUGAUGAUAUCUUACAAACGCUUUGUCAAGAAAAAAAGGGAAGCACCGACAAGAGGGCCGAUGCGGAUGCACGUAGACGAGUGGUGUUGGCCGAGCCCAUCGAGUGCGAUCCCUAGUGGAGGACCUAGGCCCAGCUUAAAUAAACAGGAGAAGGCCCCUCUCAUCAACACAGCAAUAGCAUACAUACAUAAUGAACCCGACAAGCCCAAUUAUGGCCCUGGGCCUAUCGAGUUCGGGUUUAGCCCGAAACAAGUCACGUUCACUUCACGCGACCUUGGGCUCUCCAAGGAUUCUAAUUUGGAAGCCCAUUGUGAUUCAUUAAUGGGAGAGGAGGGGUAAGACUAAGGGGGGAAAAAGAGAGAGAAAAACGGCGGCGCUUUCGCGAGGGCUGCCGAGUGCCGACUCCUCCACUACAGAGUACAGAGGGGAACUUAGGGAAGGGGAGAGAGAACUCAGAAGGGAAGUAGGGAAGGGAAGAGAGCGCGCCGCGCUUCGACGACAUGAACCCCCAGGGAGUGCAGAAGAACACCGUCUACGUAGGGGGUUUGGCGGAGGAGGUGGACGAGAAGGUACUGCACGCGGCGUUCGUGCCGUUCGGGGACAUAAAGGACGUGAAGACGCCGCUGGACCAGGCGACGCAGAAGCACCGCUCCUUCGGCUUCGUGACCUUCCUGGAGCGCGAGGACGCCGCCGCCGCCAUCGACAACAUGGACGGCGCCGAGCUCUUCGGCCGCGUCCUCACCGUCAACUACGCCCACCCGGAGCGCAUCAAGGGCGGCGAGCAAGGAUGGGCCGCCCAACCCAUUUGGGCGGACGCGGAUACGUGGUUCGAAAGGCAGCAGCAGGAAGAGGAAAUGCAGCGCCUGCAGGCCGAACAGCGAGCUGCGAUGCAAGAAGGGGAGAAGCUGGCUCAAGAGAGAGAGGGCGAGAAGGACGAAGAAACAGAAACCGAUGCCGCCGCCGCCGCCGCCAAUCCUAUGGCUAUUGCAGAGGCAGAGGCUGAGGCCUUGAGAGCCACCUCCCAAAACUCGUAGGAGCAACUGUAAAAGUGGACCUUAAUUUGACGUGUUGGUCCGCUUGCUUUGCUUUGCUUUGCUUUUCUUUUUCUUCUCGUUCUGCUUGUACUGCUAGGUUUGCACUAUCGCCUGCUCUAUUAUCGAUUUGGGAAAGGAUUGCUGCUGUAGUUUUCUAAUUCAUUUUCUGCCAGAAUUGAACUUGGUGUGAAGUUGAUUUCUGGGGUUUAAAAUUUCAUGACUUCCAUGAAUACAUAUAUGUUCUGGUUUCGGUCUA